AUGAUGAGUACCAAUGGCGGGCCAGAUACCAUCAGCAACCAGACAUUAGAAGAGGUGGAUAGAAGAUUUAACAUUGGCCGACUAGAUCAGUUCUGGCAACGUCGCGCAUUGUUGAAGUAUGUCAAGUGCGCACUUCAGUCAUGUUCAGAUUCCAAGUUUGGUGGAUGUCCUCAGGAACUUUGGGCGUUUCAAUGCCAGGCGAUCAACUCAACGAACAUCAAGGACUUGGGCAGAAUUAUGGGUGCUGAGUACUGCGAUAAAGCCGAUCCUGGAAUCGAUUAUGAUAUUGCAGGACCAGGCAUAAUCGUGGCAUAUCUGAUACAAUUCACCAUAGUUUUGCUCUUUGCAUCUUGCUACAAGAUCUCCAAGACCUGGACAAGGAACUUCACGUUGAUUUCGCUACUUCCAUUCCAAGGACCUGCUGGAGCCGUCGAGACCGCCUUCCGAUGGCAGGAAAUGGUUUCCCAGAGUAGCUUCGGAGUUACAGUUGCAUCGACUCUGGUCGAUCUUCAGGAAGCUCAAGCUGUGUUUCUCGGUACCAUCUCUAUAGCUGCUAUCGUCACAUUCUCAAGUUCCAGCGGAACGGGACUUGGUAACAUCAGUUCGCUACUCUCCUGGUUGACAAACAACCUCACCGUGAGGGGUAUGACCUCAGCGGGGAUGUAUCCUCUACUAUUUGUCCAGCUAAAUCUCCAAAAGACUCACAAUCGUUGGUGGUAUACACUUGCUCUUGUGUUUCUUAACUGGGUUCUUGUUGUACUCAUUGCUCGGCCCCAGACUGUCGAUGAGCCUUCUUUGUUGAAGCAUUUUACUGAAUCCUCGUCUUUAGAACGCUGCGGAAAUCACAUCGGACCUAGGACGUUUUGUCAGACGUUUAACAAGCCUGCAGAGGGAGGCUCUAGUUCCCCUACGAAUGAAAAGUCGGGACAUCUGGAUCGAGAUGCGAAAAACUUCUUCAAGUUUCACUCCAGGACGCAGGCACCCAUGCACGUAAUAAUGGCUUUCCUGAUACUGGACUGGAUCCUUGCUAUGAUCAGGAUGUACCUCUUUGAGCGGGGCGACUGGUUAUCUGACAAGGCCCAUGCUUUGAUGGACAACCUGCCUUUGCGUCUCAAGUCGUUUUGUAUCCAGAGGUAUUUCGUACUCUUCGCAGAAGCCAUCUGGAUCGCAAUGGAAGUCCUUACUAUCGUCAUGGGCGUCAUAGGGGUGAAUGAGUUUGCGGCAUUUAUGCAUCUGCUUAGUGGCGGGGAAUCAGGCAAUGAUAGUAAGGUUGCCCUAUCCAAAUGGGGCUUUGGACAGCUGGUAGCGGUAUGUGUAUGGGUUCCUGUAAUACUCAAGUUUGCUUGUCUUAUGGUUGUCCGAGCUGAUAGCUGA